CCUCAUCUUCGUUUUGUUUUGUGUAUCUUAAACCCAAUCACUUCCACUUACACCUCCCCUUCAAUGGCGAUUUCAACAACGUUUAGAUCCAUUUUUUGGCCAUAUAUUUUGGCCAUGGCUCUCACUCCCCAGUGGGUCUCCUUAGCCCAACUCCAAGUGGGUUUCUACUCCAACUCGUGCCCAAAUGCCGAGUCCAUUGUGAGCUCGGUUGUGAGAGAAUUCGCUCAAUCGGAUGUAACCAUUCUCGCCGCGUUACUCAGGCUCCACUACCACGAUUGCAUCGUUCAAGGUUGCGACGGGUCGGUGUUGAUACAACAACCGGCCGGAGCAGGAAAUUUAGAGAAGAGCGCGCAGAACCACGCCGGGUUGAGAGGGUUCGAGGUGAUCGACCGAGCCAAGGAGCAGUUGGAGGCUCAGUGCCCGGGCGUCGUCUCGUGUGCGGAUAUCUUAGCUCUCGCGGCUCGUGACUCUGUUUUUUUGAGCCGAGGACCGUUCUACGAACUCCCGACCGGCAGGAGGGACGGCCGGGUUUCGAACGUCUCCGACGCCGACAACAUGCCGGAGGUCCACGAGUCGAUCGAUGUCUUAAAAGCGAAAUUCGCGGCGAAGGGCCUCUCAGGGAACGAUCUAGUACUUCUUAGUGCUGCACACACUAUCGGGACGACGGCGUGCUUCUUCCUGGAGAGCCGGCUCUACAACUUCGGCGGCCGCGGCGGCUCCGACCCGAGCAUCAACCCGUCGUUCCUGCCGGAGCUCGAGUCGCAGUGCCCGCAGGGCGGCGACGUCAACGUCCGGCUCCCCCUUGACCGCGGCAGCGAGACCGUCUUCGACGCGCAGAUCCUCCGCAACAUCCGGUCGGGCUUCGCCGCCAUCGAGUCCGACGCGCAGCUCUACGCCGACCCGUCGACGCGCGCCAUCGUCGACUCGUACCUCGACCCCCUCAGCCCCUUGUUCGGGCCCUUCUUCCGCUCCGACUUCGCCGACUCGAUGGUGCGGAUGGGCCGGAUCGGCGUGCGGACCGGCGUCGACGGCGAGGUCCGGCGAAAUUGUUCUGCGUUCAACUGAGAGGUUUUUUAAUUUUAAUUUUAAUUUUAAUUUAUUUUGCAUGCAUGGUUGGGUUGGUUUGGUUCUUCACGUGGUAAUUGUGUGCGUAAAUUGUGCAAAUGCACAGAAAAUUAAGUAACGGUUGUGCACGUUUGUUAUAUGAAGUGUGACAGUUGAGAAAAUGUGAGCGAUUGUGAUAAAUGUUUGCAUAUACAUACAUAUUUAAUUUUGUAACUAUUUCGUGUUUAUUAUUAGUACAUUUUCGAUUAUUUUGAUCU